AUGCUGGCACCGACGCAGGUUCUGCGGGCACGUUCAGCUUGGAAAGGGCCGUUCUUUGUCGCCUUUCCCAACCUGGCUCAAGCCCUCAAGAACAACACGCCGAUACGGACAAAUGCUCGGGCCUCGACCAUCCUGCCGAACUUCGUUGGGCUCAAGUUCCUCAUUCACAAUGGCAAAAAUCACGUUCCAAUCACUGUGACCGAAGAAAUGGUGGGCCACAAGCUGGGCGAGUUUGCACCCACACGGAAGCGCUUCAGUUAUCGGCAGACCAAAAACAAGUGA